ACUCCUACCUGGCAGGCAAAAGGAACUACCCAACGUUACGCUCACCGGAAGUCACCUGACCUGCUUUCUGCUCUCCACGUCGCUCCCCCCCACCGCGCUUGCAUUCCCAUAGACAGUGUCAGGUGCUGCAAGGUUACACCAGUAGCGCAAGAAACUGGACUGAAGGGAAGGGAGAGAAAGAGACAGUACAUUUAAGCUUGUGUUAUAGAAGUGAAAGAGAGGGGAAGAAAAGGUAAAAGGUAAAAUUCUAAAGAAACAGCGCAGCUUUAACAGCAUUUCAGGCAGUUCCACCGGACAAGCAGGCUCUCGGAUGGUUGUAGGGGGAGUCCCAGUUCAGCUUUAUUCAACAAAUACAGUCCCAGGAGCUGAAUGUACUGUGGGAAACAUAUGGGAUGGAGACCAGUUCAUUCAGCCGUAGAUCAUGGACAUCAAGCUCCCUGCGCAUCACCGCCAAGGAGCUCUCACUGGUGAGCUCACGUGGGCAGAGCAAUGCCAUCGCAGAGCGCUUCUCCAAGUACCAGAAAGCAGCUGAGGAAGCUCAGAAGAACACAGAUAAAAAGAAACUGGGUCUUGAAACUUUGCCUCCGACCUUCCGCUCUGGCAAGUUAAGUGUGUUGAAAAAACGUUGGGAGCAGCCUGCCAUUAAGGAGAAGCCCACGGCUGUCCCCCGUGUCCCAUCUCGUGCACGUCACACUCCUCCGCCAAGUGCCACGAUGAGUCCAACCCCUGUUCUAAGCAGCAAAGAGGAGCAUCCAUCCACAUCCAAGCCUUCAACUCCACAGGGUAGCUACAGCCACUUCCAGUAUCCAACACCAAGUGAGAAGGUGCCAGAGGGGAGCAGCUUAGAUCAGAAACCACAGAGUAAAACAGAGCAUAUCGAGGGUGAGUGCAAGAAAGCUGCUAUGCCUGCAGCCCUUACUGAGAAGUCCACCGUGCCACUUACCAACCCGAAGAUGAAGUUUGCAGAGGGAGAGAAAGCACAGGACAAGGUGACCAUGGAUUCUAUAAAGCUUGAAAGAGGCAGCACCUCUGAGGACAUGGACCUGCAGCAAGGGAAUCACGGUCAUGUGACUAGUGGCAGAGUGACAUCCCCAGACAGGCUGGUGGAGACCAGCUUGAUUCGUGACAAAAUGGCCAAGUACCAGGCAGCUGUGUCUAAGCAGGAACCGCUGGCUUCACACACUAGCUCGCCCUUAGAACCCAGCCUUAGGGUAGACACCACUGCCGACAGCAACAAAUUAGAAACAGCAACCCAGAAUGACAGCAUCCAGCCCAAGGUGCUCAAGACGUUUCGUGUUGCUGCGUGGGAGACCUGUGUUUCCUGCCAGAAGACAGUGUACCCCCUGGAGCGUCUAGUCGCCAACCAGCAGGUCUUCCACAAGACCUGCUUCUGCUGCUCACACUGCAACACCAAAUUAAGUCUGGCAAAUUAUGCUUCUCUGCACGGCUUCAUCUACUGCAAGCCACACUUCAACCAACUCUUCAAGUCCAAGGGCAACUAUGACGAUGGGUUCGGUCACCGUCCACAUAAAGAGCUGUGGGAAGGCCAGGCAGAAAAUGGCCACGAAGGUGGUGUCGAAUUAAUGAAGGAGCAGUCCACAGCACGUCCAAGAACCCCUUCUGCUGACCAUUUGCAGAACCCCCUGGUGGAGGAUGCUCCACUGGCCAAGGUCAACAUUUUAGCAGCCACGUUGGAGACGAAAGCAAACGCUAUAGUGACGGGGGAGAAGCCAGUCCCUGAGAAGCCCACAGAGACCCGGCGCCUGAAGGUAGCUUGGCCACCACCUUCUGAACGGGGGCAGCCUGCGGAAAGUUCCAGCCCUACUCUGGAGGGGGGAGCGGUGAGGUACUUCCAUGCCAAAUGGCCCCCAGAGGGUGAUGCACCAGCUUCCCACCAGAACCCUGAACGCAAUGAGAUCAAAGUGUUGCGGAGAAGCGCUUCCCUGAAGGAGCGUAGCCGGCCGUUCACUCUGGCUGCCACCCCCGCCCCACCUGUGGACCCGCCUUCCAGAGAGCCUCGGCGUUUGAGCCGGGGUCUCCUGGAGCGGAGUGCCUCCCUGAGGAAGCAGUACAACCCCACCUUUAGUGUCUUAGCAAAGGAGCCAGAGCAAAAGGAGGAGAGGGACAAAGCAAAAGCCUCGCUGCGCCACGGUGUUGUAAAUAGCAGAAGCUGUUCGCAGGAGGGAGAGAGGAGCCAGCAGGGUGAGGAUCUCCUCAGCAAAUCGGAAGGAGAACCACAAAAAGGGCAACCAGAAAAGGUGGAGGUGGAAAAGAAGCACCAAGAUGAGGAGCAGGUGUCAACUCUUCAUUUUCAGAAUGACUUCCCAGUCCACCAGUCCUCUCCGGAACCCCAGCUGGAGAGCGAUCAGAAACAUACCUCUCAGCAUGUGGACUUCCUGGAUAGGCAGGAGAACACAGAGAUGUCUGCAGAGGAGCUGAUCAAGAGGAACCGCUAUUACGACGAUGAUGAUGAUGAUCAGGAGCAAGAGGACUGAGUGAAAACUGCCUUCCCUAGAGUGAUCUACACCAGUUCUUAAAAAAAAAAAAAUCACGCAUUCCACAUACCAAUAACUUGAAGUGAUUGAAACAAGGUGAUUUCUGGGUCUUGCACAUAAGACAUGAAAGUUUUUAAUUAUUGGUUUUUAGUACAAUAUUUUAUUUUUUGUCUUGAGAUUUGCCUUUGGCUUCCUCUGCAUAUUUUUCAAGACUACUAGACUAACAAAAUAUUUGGGAAAACAUUUUAUCUUCCAUGUGUAAGCAAUUUAUAAUGGAAUGUUUCCUCUAGUGUAUUGUAUUCUGUAAGGGCUUAGUUGCCUUUUCAAAUCGGUGUAAAAAUUUGAAGUGUUAAUGGCGUCAUACGAUGGGAGAAGCAAUCGAAUAAACUGAAGACACUUUACUGUGCGAUACAAGGGAUCUAAACUAGCUGUGCAUUUUAAUCACUUUAUAUGAAAUGUAUUUUAAUCUUCAGCUACACAAAGAAAAAUGAAUAGAGAUUUUUUUUUUUUAAAAAAAAAAAAAAGCCCUUUAAGCACUGAUCCUAAGGAGAGAAGGCUAUACUGAAUAGAAAAGGUAGAACGAUUCCAUGGGUGACAGCUAUGAUCGACACACCACUCUAAUCAGAUAAACACCAAGAACAGGGUUACAUGAUGGAACAGCUGUCAGAAAAGUUUAUGGAAUUGUUCUAGACUAUUUAAAUUAUUUUCUGGUAUUUUGAAGUUUUAAAAGUUGAUUUGUAAAUCAAAAAUUGAAAAGGUACACAAAGGGGAAAGCUAUACGUACUUUUGUUGCAAUUUUUUAAUGAAAGGAAAAUUAGUUUUUCAAUGACAUGAAAAUCUUAAUUUAUAUAAUCAACACUGGACAGCAGGUGCAGUGGUUAAGAACCUACAGUUUGGUGGUUUGGUACUAGGGAGAUCUGAUGUGUUAACUAUUAAGGCCCGUAACGUGGACUGGCCCAUUCAGUUAUGUAGAUGUAAAAAUGGUACACUGCUUUGAUUUAAAUAAAGGGGUUGUUAAUUAACUUUUGGAUCUUUUGGAUGACCCUUUCUUCAUAGGAAUCUUUCCAGAAGGACAGUGGACAUGCAAAGUGCUACUAGUGCAGUUAACAUUAGGGUUUUCCAACAGCUCCACCUAGUGGCAAUCGAUUUGUACCUCUGGACCAUGAUGGGAAAUUUAAACAUAAUAGAGCACCAUUUGUUU